GUAAUACAUUUCACUCGCAAAAGGGAAGUUACAAAUAUAUUUUGUAUAACUUAUUAUAACGAUCGACCGUUUCUCCAUAUACAUGGCUUAAUAUUAAUUUAGCUUUUAACCUUUGACUUUAAUAAAUGGCUAUCCAUCCACUGUUUUAGAUACAGCGCAUGACAAAAGCCUCAAACAGAUGUUAUUAAUAGUCACACACAGGUAAAGACAAAAGUUAGACAUUUUGUUAGAUUAAAAAUUAUUAAGAGAUACUCCAAUAUACAUUUUUAACAUAAAGUUUUCGUUUUAUUUGUUUACUUUUAAUACUAUUGAUUCUCUUCAGGCAAGAAAUGACAUCUUAUACUUGUUAAUGAACAAAAUAUAUAUAAACAGAUAUAGAAGACAGAUUUAUAAAGGCAGACUGAUAUUAUAUAUUACAACAUAUAUGAUGAAUAUAAAAUUAAUUAUAUAAUUAAAUCUAAUGUAUAAUUCAUAUGAUUCUAUUCAUUAUUAUGAGUAGCAUAAUAUCUGAGUUGGAGUGUGAUCAGUCCUAAGGAUGUUGCCAAGUCUAUGAACCAUUGGUUGCUAUUAAUAGUAUGCGACAGAAGGCAGAGGACCACGUGAGCUUGCCUUUCUGCACUUCCAUUGGCAGUCACUGUUAAGUCUAUAUAUAACAACACAGGGCAUCAAAUUAAAUAUGAAAGGAUAGAUCAGAAGCAAACUGUGUCUUUAUAAGGAGCCUUUCAGCUAUUUUUUACGCUUUCCUGCAAUUGUUCAUUGGUUUGGCGAUAGAGAAGAAAUAAAGCCACAUACAUGACUACUGAAAUGAAGAAAUAUUAAAAUCAAAACAUCCAAAAAGCAUGUCAGCAGAGCAGCACCCAUGCUCUUUUCUUUGCCUUUCCACCUGUCCAGAUGACCGUGAUGUGUUCUGCACAAUGUAUUUCACAAUGGAUGUCUACAACAAAAACAGUCCUUGUGGUGGCGCCAAAGUCUGGUCAGUGCACAAGACAGCCACGAGCACAUGCGUAUAAGGGCAUCCUUCUUGUGUUUGACUGUGUAGGUGUCAUCUGAUAGCCCCUCCCCCAUCUGAUUCUGUGUGGUGCUGAUGCUGAACUGCCCAUCACUGAAGGACGGAGGAAGAUUUUCUCCUCUCUCUCAUAAGGUCCAGUCUUCCUGUCCGUCUUGUCAUUAAGUGCAGGAUGGCGAUGAUCUGGAUGCAGACAGAGAAGGUGGUUGUGCAUGAGCUACAACGCCGACUGAGCAAUGUCGCUCACAGCAUUGAUGAGAUCAUGCAGAAGGAGUCCAGUCCCCUCUUCGCUGCUGACAUCAUCACUGAGCUCAAAAAACAGUUUGCUUUCUUAUCAGGGGGAAGAGGACAGGAUGGUAGCCCUAUUAUUAUCUUCCCAGAAUUCCCUUCAUUUUGUGAAAUUGAAGAUCAGGACUUUCGUAAUGUUCUCACCUACCUGACAAGUGUUCCCAGUCUUAGUGCAGCGGGUGUGGGCUUUAUCGUAGUGAUUGACAGACGUCGAGAUCGAUGGACUUGUUUAAAGGGGACGUUAUUGCGUAUCUCAGGAUGGUUUCCUGCUAAUCUUCGGCUUGUCCUGGUGUUAAGACCCAGUGCCAUACUGCAGCGGACGCUGUCUGAUGUUAUCUUUAAAUUCCACAGAGAUGACUUUAAGGUGCCGGUCAUCAUGCUGAACUCAGUGGAUGAUCUACACUCUUAUAUUGAGCGGAGUCAGCUGACACAAGAACUUGGUGGCUCUCAAAACUACUGUCACAAGACCUGGAUAUCACAUCGCACCGAUCUUGAAAGCUUUGCUGCAUUUGUGAAAAGGAUGGCUCACAGACUGCAAACGUUCGGGAGGGAACUAACAGAAACAGAACAUCCAAACAAUCUCCUAACAGCCAGCAAUCUGCUGAAUACACACACCAGCAAGAAAGAGAGUUUGAAAGAAGAGAUGGCAGGAGCUCUUAACCUAGGACGUAAACUUUUGGAGAACAUUAGGGAACCUGUGCGUAGAGAUCCAGAUAGUAGUCUGAACCCUGAUCAGCUGGAAAACCUUGCUACAGUGCACAGGCUGUUGUCUCAGUUAAAUGAAAGCUCUACAGCAUUUGAUGACUUCUGGUUACAACAUCAAAAUAAGUUGGAGUUUUAUUUAAAUCUCUGCCAGUUUGAGCACAACUUUCAGCAGGUGCGGACGGAGCUGGAGCAAGCAAUAGAUACGCUAAAUGCUUUCUCAGAUGUUGGAAUAAACCACGCCCAAACAGAACACCUCCUUGAAGAGCUGACCAAUCUUGAAGAAAAGACCUGUGAAGUGCUGGACAGAGUUAGAUCCCUGGUUGCUGAGGGCAAAGGCUUGAUUGACAGCUGUCAGAAUGUUGAUGACAGCAUUGCAGUCAAAUGCAGUGAGCUUCAGACAGUUGGAGAUAAACUCACAGAAAAGUUGAAAGACAAGAGGACCAUGCUGACACGGGCUAUGGAGCUACAUGAGAGACUAGACAUGGUGUGUAAAUGGUGCGAUGAUGGGAUUUACAUGCUAGCCUCACAGCCUCUUGACAAGUGCCAAUCACAGGAAGGGGCGGAGUCAGCACUGUCAGAACUAGAGUGUUACCUGGAGACAGCCAAUGAGAAACAGCAAUGGGACAUCAACACAGUUUGGCUUGAAUAUGAGAGCAUUCUGAACACUGAACUCGGGGAGCAGGUUAACCGUACAUUUGAGAAGAAAGCCUCACUACAGGAGAUGUUUGAGAGGAGGAGGGUUAGUCUAAAGAAACUAGCAGCCAAGCAAACACGUCCAGUACAGCCCGUCGCUCCACGACCGGAGUCACUCUCGUCUCCAGCUCACAGGGAUCAUGAGAACAUCUGUACCAGUGAUGACUCAGACAGAGUCUCUUGUAAACAAGUAAACUGUGAUCAGGCUGACAGGAGCAGUCGCAAUGCCUCUGUAUCUGAACAGGAGGAAACUUUGGCUGUGCUUCGCAGGCACGUAAUGAAUGAGCUAUUGGAAACAGAGCGGGCAUAUGUGGAAGAGCUUUUGUGUGUUUUGCAGGGCUAUGCUGCUGAAAUGGACAACCCAUCCAUGGCUCCCCUAAUCCCUGCAGCGCUGCAGAAUAAAAAAGAUGUGUUAUUUGGUAACAUGCAGGAAAUUUAUAAUUUUCACAAAAGAAUAUUCCUAAUUGAACUUGAGACGUAUACUGACUGCCCUGAGCUGGUGGGACGCUGCUUUCUGGAUUGGAUGGGUGAGCUGCAGAUAUAUGAGAAAUACUGUCAUAAUAAACCACGCUCUGAAAGCCUCUGGAGGCAGUGCUCAGACUGCGCUUUCUUCCAGGAGUGUCAGAGGAAACUUGAGCACAAAUUGGGGCUGGACUCCUACUUACUGAAACCUGUGCAGAGGAUCACUAAAUACCAGCUACUGCUGAAGGAAAUGAUUAAAUACAGUAAAGGCUGUGAGGGGUCAGUGGAGCUGCAGGCAGCUCUUUCAUCCAUCCUGGGCAUCCUGAAGGCUGUAAAUGACUCAAUGCACCUCAUCGCCAUCACUGGAUACGAGGGUAACCUUGCAGACCUCGGUCGACUGCUGAUGCAGGGGUCAUUCAGUGUAUGGGCAGAGCAUAAGAGAGGUCACGUGAAAGUGAUGGAGCUUGCGAGGUUCAAGCCCAUGCAAAGACACCUGUUCCUGCAUGAGAAAGCUGUGCUCUUCUGCAAACGACGAGAGGAGAGUGGGGAGGGAUAUGAGAAAGCCCCUUCAUACAGCUUCAAACAAGAGCUCAGUAUGCGUGCUAUUGGAAUAACAGAGCAUGCUAAAGGGGACAGUAAGAAGUUUGAGAUCUGGUCCAGUUCAAGGGAUGAGGUUUACACAGUGCAGGCUGCUUCUGAGGAGGUUAAGACCAUCUGGGUGACAGAAAUACGGAAACUUCUAACAGGUCAACUGGAGGCCUGCAAAGAAGCAAGUCAGCAAAAAGCUCCUGAUCAGGUCACCCACGAUACCAGCUCAACCAACAGGAGUGGAGAAGUGGAGAAACAGAAUACAGAAGAGGAAAAAAGCACAGAACCUGAAAACACUCUAGAACCUCGAAUGACAUGGAGAACAAAGGGGUCUUGCAGGUCUGAGACAAAACCAAAACGACAGGAUAUCCGGAGUGACCCUACACCUCUAGAAACAGGGUCACACCCUGACUUGGGCGGAGUCAGGUGGUUCAGUACAUCAAGCCUGUUUCAGAACCGUAGGAGAAGUGCACAUACUGAGUACACACGUUGGACUAAAGGAUCUCUCUCGCUGGAUGCCUCUAUGGAGCAUGUCGGAUACUUUAGUGCUGAGGAGCAGGUGACCUCUGACCCCGAGGAGGAGAAGCAGGAGAAAAAGUGUGAAAAUACACCACUGCCUGUGAGGACAGAGGAAGAAAUCCAAUGUUUUGAGGGGACAGAGGAUCUUGAGAAAUGAGAGAUGUGUGUGUAUAUGUACACAUGCAAUCAAUGUAUAGCAUAAACUGUACACUGUUUCAUGCAUAUCUCUUAGAUAUGUUGGAAAUUAGAGAUAUAAACCAUCCAUCAUGUCAAGCAACAAGGUUUUAAGCUCACAAAAAAAUCUCACAGAGCCUUUAUUUUAAGAGUGACUCAUUCAGACCCCCAGUGAUUUUUUUCGCUGUGUGUCGCCCGUCUAUUUCAAUAAGGCGUUUCUAAAUCUGGUUGUCAUAAACAAAUGAGUACCAUCCACUCUAGUAACUGACGAGAGAAGGAUGAUGUGAACUCCACUGCUUUGCUCCUAUUGUUUCGCUCCCAAAAAUCGCUCAUAAUUUGCAUAAAGUUAAACUUUUCUUAACUUUUUUUUGCGUCACUGGACCAGUGUUAUGUAAAUUACUCAAAACGUUUUAUUAAUAACUAGUUACUAAUUACAUAUUCAAUCAUGUAAUUAGAUUACUCUACAAAUUACUUUCUCCAAAAAGUAUUUAAUUACUUAAAAAUUAUAAAUCUUAUUUAGUAAAUGAUUCAAAGAUAUGCUUGAAACACCUCAAAUAAAUCAUAUAAAAAUACAUUAAUUAUUCUGGUCACACUUUUUAAGGGAUAAUUCUUACUAUUAACUAACUAUUAACUACUUUUGCCUCAAUAUAGGCUACUCCUAAUUACUGCUUAUUAAUACUUAGAAAAGUAGUUCAAUUUAAGUAUUGGUAGGAAUUGGGUAGAAUUAAGGAUGUUGAAUAAGUUUUGCAGAUUCAGGCAUUAAUAUGUGCUUAAUAAGUAUUAAUAAACAAUAUCUCAGUAAUAUUAAUGCUAAUCAGCAACAAGUUAAUAGUGAUAACUGUAAACUAUGCUAGAGUGUUACCAUUUUUCUUAUUAACUUACCAAAGUAUUUUAAAGUGAGAAGGAUGCAUAAAAACAUACAUUUUAACCUUAGACUUUAAAUUUUGAUGUUAAAUCCACUAUUGUAUUAUAUACAAUUGUUCUAUAGUCCAUACACGGUAUUAAGUUUAAUUACAUCAGAAGUAACUGUAAUUAAAUUACUGGGAAAAUAAGAGUAAUCCUUUACUUUUCUUUUUCGACACGCACAUCCGGUUGCCAACGGUCACUUUCACUUGUGUUGCCGGAAGUCACCAAGCUUCCAUUGAAAUUAAUGAGAUUGCGUCGUUCUGCUAUUACUAGUCGCUGGGGGUCUGAAUGAGGCAUAACAGUCAAUGAAAUUCAUACAUGAACCUGAGCCAACACUUUACACUUUCUCAUAUAAACUGUGAUACAUGAUUCAUAUCCCUUAAAAGUAAUAGAGUUGUGAGAGUAAUAUGUGUCACAGUGAUUGUGUCCAUACUGGGAUAUGGCAUGUCUAUAGUCCUGUGAACUCCUAUGUAAAUGAAUGUAACAUUCAGUGUGUUAAAUGCAGGAAUAUAGGACCUAAAUGUAAAACAAGCAUAUCAUAUAUGCAUAUGUAGUUUAUGUGACUGUGAUCACCCUGUGCCAUUUGUAUGUAAAAUCUCUUUAAUAUUAAAAGUUGUUUUAUAUACGCAUAAAUUAAGCUGAUUAUUUUUUCUU